AUGAAUGCUGAAGUAAAAGACUACGUCAGCAGAUGCGACAUAUGCCAAUCAGUCGGCAACAGGCAACAAAAGGAAAGCCUGAUUCCACACCCCGUCACACAACGACCAUGGGAAAAGGUAGGAGUCGACCUUUUCACACUACAUAACAGAGAAUACCUCAUCACAGUUGACUACUACUCAAACUUCUGUGAGAUAGACACCUGCGAAGCGGACACACGGUCCACCACCAACAUCAGAAAGCUGAAGAUGCAGUUUGCCAGACACGGCAUUCCCGACGUAGUGAUGACAGACAACGAACCACAGUUUGCGUCCUCAGAGUUUGAGAAGUUUGCCCGUGAGUGGAACUUCAAGCACCAAACGUCAUCACCAGGAUACCCCCAGAGCAAUGGGAAGGUGGAGAACGCAGUUAAGACGACCAAACGACUCCUGGAGAAAGCAAGACUAGCACAGAGCGACCCGUAUCUAGCGUUGCUAGACUUCAGAAACACACCAUCGCAAGAGAUCGGAAGUAGUCCGGCUCAACGACUCUUCAGCAGGAGGACGAAAGCUACCAUGCCGAUAAAGACAAACCUCCUCCAACCGAGAGUUCAGAGCGACAUUCCGAGUAAACUCCAAGAAGCAAAGAAGAGACAGCGCAAGUACUACGACAGACAAGCUAGAGACUUGCCCGAUCUCAAGGCUGGCGACAUAGUAAGAUGCCAACCAAUGACCCCAACCGCUAAACAGUGGAAGAAGGCAACAGUGGUAGCGGAGGUUGGGAAGCGAUCAUAUGAGAUAAGAACAGAAGACGGAGGCAGCUACCGCAGAAACAGGAGGCACCUACGUAAAACAAACGAGGAAGCCCCAGACAUGACCGCCGUGGAGGAAGAAAACAACCCUCCAUGUCCAGCACCAACAACACCAGCAGCUGAGACAACAGUGCCAGUGGAACACGCAGCUGCACACGGACAGCCGAUGACAACGAGGUCCGGCCGAGUUGUGCAACCACCAGCACAUGUACACCUGAAGGAUUACGUGCGCGCCUGA